CCAAUGCUGUACUUUAUUCAGAAGAGAGAUGUUUGCCCAGUUCCUUUUUUUUCUGUGUAGUGUCUUCCCUGCGCGUUCUGCAGCGCUCCCUCGUCUCCAACCGCUGUCGGAUUGGCUUGUCCUUUUGCCGACAGCGUCGCGCCAGCAGUCGAUUUUUUCGUUUUUUUCCCGUGUGUCACCGCUUUCUCAUGUUUGCAAUCGGACAGCUGUACAGGGGGAUCUCUGUUCCACGCAGGGUGUCGACAAGUGAGGAACGACAUUCCGACAUUCGAAUCUGUAGAUUUCGUGGUGUCCCGUCUCUCUUCGGUGUAGCGCCGUUGAAGCAGCUGUGCGGAAGCCCUCACAAGGUUUCCAAGCGAAGUUGCCAUGCACAUGUGCAUCGAAAGCGACAUUUCUUUCGUUUUUUUUCAGUUCCACAAUCCCGUGUUAUCCGUCCCCUAAGAAUCUCUCUGAGGACUCUUGAGGGCGAUUUCUGCUAAUGCGCUGACGACGACUGCGGUAACGUAAACCCGUCGAUCUCUGCCGACGAGGCCUCUGUCCACAGUCUUCUUUUUUCGUUUUCUUCCCCCUGUUUUCUUUUGCCGCAAAAUGGCUGACGCGGUCGACGUUCCCCUGAUCAAGAACCUCUACGCUGAGGCGUGGAAGCAGCAGUACUCUGAUCUUCGGCUGUCGACUAAACAGACCGAGUCGUGCGGCCUCGCCGCAAACACCGAGUACAUUGCGGCACCCUGGGAUGUUGGUGGUGGUGGUGUCUUGGGGAUUCUGCGUCUCGCGGAUAUUGGACGGAAUCCAGCGGUGGCCAAGAUCAAAGGUCACACAGCUUCCAUUCAAGACACAAAUUUCAGUCCUUUCCACCGCGACAUUCUUGCGACGGCAUGCGAAGACACGAUCGUUCGCAUCUGGCAACUGCCUGAGGAAGUCACGGGGACAACUGAACUGAAAGAGCCGAUCGCGACCCUAACCGGAGCGCUGAAGAAGGUUCUUUCUGCCGAAUGGAAUCCCGCAGUCUCUGGAAUCCUUGCGAGCGGCUGCUUUGACGGCACAGUCGCUUUUUGGAAUGUGGAAAAAAAUGAGAAUUUUGCAUCGGUGAAGUUCCAGGAGUCUCUCCUCAGCGCCAAGUGGAGCUGGAAAGGAGACUUGCUUGCAUGCACGACGAAGGACAAGGCACUGAACAUCGUUGAUCCCCGAGCUGCGCAGGUCGUCGGCUCCGUCGCAUGUCACGAUGGAUCGAAGGCAUGCAAGUGCACUUGGAUUGACGGCCUCGCUGGCAGAGACGGACAUGUUUUCACCACUGGAUUUGGCAAGAUGCAAGAAAGGGAAAUGGCUAUCUGGGACACAAGAAAGUUCGACAAACCAGUCUACCACGCAGAAAUUGACCGCGGUUCCUCUCCCCUGUAUCCGAUUUUCGACGAGACAACUGGCAUGCUCUACGUCUGCGGCAAGGGUGACUCUUCAUGCCGGUAUUACCAGUACCACGGGGGCACCUUGCGAUCGGUCGACGCCUACAGAUCCAGCGUUCCCAUCAAGAACUUUUGCUUCAUUCCCAAGCUGGCUGUCGACCAAAUGCGUGCAGAGAUCGGCCGCAUGCUGAAGCAGGAAAACGGCAAUGUUCUCCAGCCGAUCUCGUUCAUCGUCCCCAGAAAAAAUCAGGAUGUCUUCCAAGCCGAUCUGUACCCUCCUGCUCCCGAUGUUGAACCUUCCAUGACCGCCGAGGAAUGGUUCAAGGGCGAGAACAAGGCGAUUCGAAGGCGAUCGGUGAAACCCGGCGACGUCGUCUCUGCCCAGCCAAGACGCAUGACAGUCGACACUGCGUGUGUCGCCGCUGUCGCGCAAGCACACGGUGCCGCUGCAGAUUCGCAGGCUCUCCAAGAACUGCAGUCAGAGGUCGCAUCUUUGAAGGCGCAGUUGACGGAGUUGGACCGCCUGCGCAAAGAGAACGAAGAGCUGAAGGCGAAUGGCGGGGAUACUGCGGCGCUGCUCCAAGAAAAUCAGGAGUUGAAGGCGAAUGCCCAAGAGCUUGAAACACUGCGGAAAGAGAACGCGGAGUUGAAGGCGAAGAUAAAAGAGCUGUCGGCGCAAUCCGCCAUGGCAGUGCCAAGUACCUCGGAAGACCCUCAACUGAAAAUGAGAGUGUCGGAGUUGGCGGAGGCUCUGAGCAACGAAAAGUCGACAACGGCGCAGUUAGAAGCACGAUUGAGAGAUCUGGAAGGUCGUUUUAUUUCUGCGGCGAAGAGCCAGAAGGCGGCAGAACAAGAAGCAGAGACUCUCAAGGAGCGGGUGCAGGAACUGGAGGCGAAAAACCGAGAACUGAAGACUCAGAUGGAGCAGGCUCACGGCACUCUCCACCGCGCUGCAACUCUCUCAGGUCUCGACAGCGACAUGAAAAACGAGCUGAACGAGAUGCGAGAUUUCUUUCGGGACAUUCUUCACCAGGCUCAGGACGAAGCCGCUUGAGCAGCGUUUGCUCGUCGCGUCCGAUUUCGCCUUUUUCAGAUCUGCAUGCGCGCGCAGCCGACUCUGAAAGAACGCGUGGUGCCGUCUGACAUUUUGUGUUGUGUGUCUCCUUCUCAACUGCGUCCACGGAAAAAACUGUCAACGCUUUCUCUAAAAUUCCACUUGACAGUGAUCGAGACCUACAUACCCAUGUAUCUCCAUGUGUAAUUAUAUAUAAAUACAAAUAUAUAUAUAUAUAUAUAUAUAUAUAUAUAUAUAAGUAAACAUGUAUAUAUGUAUAUAUAGUAUAGUAUAUAUGGGCAUGCAUGCUUGGAGAUAUAUUGGUAUGUACGCGGCAGGUGGAUGCGUGGUUUUCUCGAUUUCUGAGCGUCUGGUGAGGUUUAUGUACGGCGCGACUGCCGGUCUGGAUUCCUGCAUUUGUCUUGCAUUUGUUGUGCAACUUUCUCGAUUCAAAAUACUAUCUGUGAAAACAUCGUUCUAAACUCUCGUUUUUCUUGCGUUCCGAAACCGCUGUCGCAGUCCUCGAAGAAAAAGUCGACAGGGACCCCUCGAGGAUCGUUGAGAGGAUUCCAAAAGACUCAUGAUGCACUUGUCUCCACUUAUCCAAAAAACUGCAUUCAAUUCCCUUAACCACAAGCACACAGCUGGAUAUACAUGUUUUAGUGUAGAUAUAGUUACAUAUCUGGUUGUAUGCAUAU